UUGUUGGCCUGUGCAGAACUUAGCCAUUCUCCCUUGAUAGCUCUUCAUUCUCCAUCUCUUUGUUUGAGCUCCAUAGUUUGGGAAGGAAGCAAAUGGCGGCACAAGCUCUUGUAUCCUCGUCGCUCACCUCCUCCGUUGAGUCGGCGAGGCACCUGCUAGGGGCGAGGCCCGCCGCUCCCUCAAGGAAGGCCUCGUUCGUCGUUAGAGCCGCUUCGACUCCACCCGUCAAGCAAGGAUCAGACAGACAAUUGUGGUUUGCAUCCAAGCAAAGCCUUACAUACUUGGACGGAAGCCUCCCUGGUGACUUCGGCUUCGACCCGUUGGGUCUUUCAGACCCCGAGGGCACCGGAGGGUUCAUCGAGCCCAGGUGGCUAGCCUACGGAGAGAUAAUCAAUGGGCGAUUCGCUAUGUUGGGCGCCGUUGGAUCGAUUGCACCAGAGAUUCUAGGGAAGGCUGGGUUGAUCCCACCGGAAACUGCUCUCCCAUGGUUCAGGACUGGCGUAAUCCCACCAGCCGGGACAUACAACUAUUGGGCCGACAACUACACGCUCUUCGUGUUGGAGAUGGCCCUCAUGGGCUUCGCCGAGCACAGGAGGUUCCAAGACUGGGCCAAGCCGGGCUCAAUGGGCAAACAGUACUUCCUAGGGCUCGAGAAGGGCUUGGCCGGCUCGGGAGACCCAGCAUACCCCGGUGGCCCCUUCUUCAACCCUCUAGGGUUUGGCAAAGAUGAGAAGUCAAUGAAGGACUUGAAGCUGAAGGAGGUGAAGAAUGGGAGGUUGGCGAUGUUGGCCAUCGUGGGCUACUUCAUCCAAGCCCUCGUGACUGGUGUUGGGCCUUACCAAAACCUCUUGGAUCACCUGGCUGACCCAGUCAACAACAACAUUCUAACCAACCUCAAGUUCCAUUAGGGUUUUAAGUACUUCCCUUCUGUGUCACCACCGCCCCCCCUUGUGAUAUCGUAGUUUCAUGUGAAAAGAGGUUUGAAUGAGGGAUCAAUGUGGAACCUUGACGUGUAAAAAACUGAAAACUGCACUUCUAAAUAGCAGUGCCUUGACAGUUGCUCUUGCAUUCGAGAGGAGAAUGAGAUCAGAUCGAGCUAAACUUGGUUUUCCCUGAACCUACAGAAUCACAUAUGUAGGAAGAUUGUUUAUUGUUCGA